AUGCCCCCGUUUUCCUCCUUUUCCUGCUCUUCGCCGCUGUUCUCCUCCUCUUCCUCCUCUCUUUCCACCCUUACAUCCUUCCACCGACUCCUACAACAUCUCCUGGUUAGCCGACGAUUUCUUCUCCGGCGGCUCUACGCUGUGGUCUCGGAGCCCUUCAUUUCCAUCUCCAGCACGAGAAGACCCUCCGUUACUUCCCCUCUCCUCUGGCAAAAAAACUGCUACAAUGUCCCUCUACCUCCCGGCCGUUACUACAUCCGCACUUUCACCGUUUACGAUAACUACGACGGGAAAUCACAUCCCCCUUCCUUUGAUGCCUCCGUCGAGGGCACUCUCGUCUUUUCCUGGCGCCCCCCUUGGUCCGAGAGUCUGGCUCGCGAUGGCGCUUACUCCGAUCUCUUCGCCUUCGUCAAGGACGGUCAACUCGAUUUCUGUUUUUACAGCAUUGCCACUGACCCUCCCAUCAUCUCUUCUCUCAAAGUCCUCCAGAUCGAUCCUUUGUCAUACGAUUCCGCUCGAACCGGAGACAAUUACAUUCUUGUCAACUACGGAAGACUCUCCCGGUUCAUCACAAUGGGGUCCCGGUUUCACGUCCGACCGGACGCAUUCGGCCGCUCCUGGCAAUCCGAUUCCGAUUACCGAGCAGCCGAUAUCAAAUCAUCUCGAAUUAUAACCACUAAAGAAAAAAUAAACUGGUAUCGAGCAAGCGCCGAAUUACUUCCCGAUGAAAUUGUACCAAUCGGCGGUGACAUUGACGGCGGUUUGGAAUACGAAUUAGCUUUGGAUGCGAAGCUUGAUUACUUUGUGUGGUUUCAUUUUGCGGAGAUUGAUUCGUCAGUUAAAAAGGCAGGGAGAGAGUGUUCGAUGUGCUGGUCAACGACAAGAACGUGA